AUGCUUUUCCCUAUGUACACGGUCCCUUUCGGCACCUUUUUGGAGAUGACCAUGAUCGAGCCUCAUGAAGAACUGAAGGCCAGAGGUGUGUUGGUGGAGUUCCAAAUGAAUAUGGGCAAUGCAGCAUUUGUUUCACACCAGUGGGUUGCCAGCAGCCCGGACCCAGAGUGGCAGAUGAAGGUCUUGCAGGUGAAAGGUCCCAAUGAUCUUCAGCUCAUAUCGGGCGCUGGGGCAUCCAUUACCGCUGGAUCUGGGCCAGUGGGUGAAGGAGCUUUCACAGUACCGGAGGAUCGCUUGAAACUUGGGCCAGUUCUCAUGAAAGCGAUAAAGCGCAAGCUGCUUUCGCUUCUCAAAGCCCAGAACGGUUUCCGCACCAUCGGGGAGAUGGACAGUGCUGGAUUUUCGCCUCUUCACUAUGCGGCCUUGAACGGUGACCCAGCGUUGAUUCAAGACCUACUGACACUUCAGGCAGAUCCGAAUCGUGAUCCGAACCAAGUCACAAGGAAGGUCCACCCAGGUGCCCCCUUGAUUCAAAUUCUUUGGGCUCGACUGCGCUGGAAAGUGCUACCGGCUUUGGAUCUCUUAAAGCCCUGGACGAACUCCUUCGACACAGCAACUUCAGUUCAUUGGAUGCCACUUGCGCCCUUUGCACUGCUGCACCAGGCUUUGGAGGUGCAGAGGAUACUCAACAAGAUUCUGUACCAUGCCAAAGGUGCUACGCCUUUGAUGCUAGCCUUACUCUCCGGGAAUGACGAAUUUGCUGCGGCUUUGAUUGCUGCAGGGGCAAGGCUGAAUCUGCAAAACUCGCGAGGAUUAACUGCGGCAGAUCUGAUACGAAUGCGUUCGGGGCUAGAAUUCCUGCUAGCGAAACAUGGCGUGUUGGUUAGUCCGGAGUUGCUGAAAGCGAGCUGUGGAGAGGCCCACUUGAUGGAUCCCAAGGAGACGUUGCAGCAUAUGUCAGUGUCCCCGUCAGGUCGAUAUGUUAUCGCCGUUUCAGAGAAAUUCUUCUGGCGUUGGUCUGUUCGCGAGGAGGCCCCUGAAGACGUGGAAAUGUUCGACUUGGAGGAACUAGAUGCCAGUCAGGAGCUUCGGUACGUGCAGGAAACAUGUCCAGAUCGGGUGCUGAUGGUGGGAGAACGUGAGGUCACAGACGUUUUGCUGUUCUGCGGGGACAGCGGAACAAGGCGGAGGAUAGUGAAGCUUGUGGUGACUCAGCACCUGAAGUUCCAGUCCCCCAUCAGGUGUCAACCAAAGACCCCUGAUGCUUUCCUGGCGCUGUGUACAGCAACCGAGCCGCAGGGCCAGGUGGAUCUGCUGUUGCGGGCAGAGAAGGGAAAUGCCAUUACCAGUCUGGUCGCCCGCCGCUUAGAGGAUGUCAGCACUGGCACUGCUUUGUCGACCAUAUCACAAGAGAGAGACUCGUCUCUGGACAAUGGGAUGGCGCCGACAGGAGCGGAACCAAGCGCAAUGGAGGCUGGCUACCCACCGGGCCUGCCAAUGCCACGCUACAGCCGCCCACCAGGGUUGCCAAGCCCACCAAACCGCAUGAUGCAGGAGCCACCAGGCCUCAGCAAUCCGAUGGUCUCGUUCGAUGUUCCACCAGGCGCCGGCACUGGAUUUGAGAAAAUCCCCAUGCGGAUGAUUUUCCCAGAAAGCUCCAUUUAG